CACUGUCAAGAAGCCGUGCCACAGACAUCCAAGAGUCCUUAGCUAUGCAGGUUUGCUAUCUUGGCCUAGAAAUGGGGCAGCUGAGCCAACUUAAUAUCUUCCUUCAAGAAUCUGCCGGCGCUGAUGCCAAGAAUGCUCACCAGCUGUCUCUGGCUCUGAUGAACGAUGAACCAGAGGAGCCCAGAGGAGUCACAUUUGACCUGCUGUGAAUUCAGCUUCCGCCACCGGCAUGGGGCCUGAAGACAGGCCCCAGGCAAGGGGCUGGGCCAUGUUCAGCCCUCAUCUCAGCAGAAGGGCUUCCAAUGGAGGACCAGCCGGCAGAGGGCCCAGGCAGGGGCCUGCAGCACCCGGCCUUACAGGCAACGGUGACAUGGAAGUGAUCAGAGUCAUGCUGAUUAUAGUCCUCAGCCUUUCCUACUUUUAUAACUUCUUCUUGGGAUUGGAAUUCACCUAUAUGAUUCCUCAAACUACCUGCGUCAUCUUCAUGGCUGUCUUCCUCACGUUCUUCACCGGUGUCCUUCUGCUCUCCGCACUCCUACUGUAUCACAUAAAGCUGAGGCAAGGCAAAUCCGUGUACUACUCUAAUUAUCAUAUCACCUGGAACAUUUCCACGGCCUACAUUAGCAUUUUCUUCCAUUUUGCCUCUGGACUCUUCUCUCUCCUAGAGUACCAGCGGGUCAUGAAGAAAAGUGCCUCUGUAACCACCAUGGAAAACUCUGGCCGAGACAGUGACAUGAGACAGCAGUCUGGGAGUUCUAUCCAAGUGAUUCCAUUGCCAGAGCGCAGCCCCAUUCUACCGAGCAUUGUCCACACGCACUCUGAUCCAUCCAAGGAAAGCAGGCUCCAGAGGGACUCACAAAUGCAAAAACGCCGAGUAACCUGGGCUAUGUGACUUGAUCACCCAUCACUCCUACGUGCUCAUCUGAAUGAAAACCUUUUCCUGUGCCUGUUUCUGGGUGGACGUUCAACUGUGUUGUCUGUAAAUGACUGUGACCUGGUUGACAUCUGUCAGAAAAUCCAGACUAUGGCUUUAAAAAAAAAAAAA